CACAACAUUGAGGUCGUGCUGCAACCCCAAGCAUUAUAUGUGGCCCAUCGAACUCCCGGUCUGGCUGUGUUCGACAUGGACAGUACCUUGAUCCAGCAGGAAGUCAUUGACGAAUUGGCCCGCGCUGUGGGUCGUUAUGCUCAAGUGUCUGCAAUCACAGAAGCUGCUAUGCGAGGAGAAGCACCAUACACUGACUUUGAGGCAUCGUUACGCGCUCGUGUCGGUCAUCUCGCUGGUGUGCCCGUCUCUAUCUGGGAGCACCUCCGCGCCGGCAUUAUCUCGUUCACGCCGGGAGCUCGUGAGUUGAUCCGCGUACUCAGUAAAUUAGGAUGGAAGACCGCUGUUUUAAGUGGUGGCUUUACACCGUUGGCCGAGUGGGUGAAACAAGAACUGGGAUUGGAUUACUGCUAUGCCAAUCAUCUGGUAGAAAAAGACGGUCAUCUAACAGGCGAACUGGUGGAGGGCAUGCCUAUCAUCCACGCGGAGAAGAAGCGUACGUUACUCCAAUUCAUUGCUGAGCAGGAGGGUAUUCCGCUGGAGAAUGUCAUUGCUGUGGGUGAUGGAAGCAAUGAUCUUCUGAUGAUGCAUCAGGCUGGGUUAGGAAUUGCUUUCAAUGCGAAGCCUAAAGUUCAGAUGCAAGCUCCUACCAAGAUUAAUGCUGAUGGCCUGCUGGAUGUUGCCUACAUCCUUGGAUGUACAGUCGAUGAGGUGACCGAGAUCUUGCGUCAA